AAAUCAAACCUUUGUUUGUUGGUCACCGUUUCAGUUCAGCCUUUUAUCCGUAGUGCAAUCCAUUUAUCUCUCACACGCGACCCCAAACACAAACAGUUUCCUCAUGCUCCUUCUCCACUUUCUCUCUGUGUCUUCUCUUUUCCUCAGGUUUCCUUGGAAAAGAAAGUAAAGUCUGGUCCUUUUCCAUGUGAGAAAGAAAGCCCACAAAACAAAAAAACAAAUGCCACUUUGGCUCCUAGUCAAGCUAAAGCCCUUUUCCUCUCUCUCUCUCUCUCUCUCUCACUCACUCACAAGCUCAUUCUCCACUGUAGAAGUAUUAUUGUUGCUUAAUUAGCUACUUCUUUUUCUUGGACAUUAGAGCUUGAAUUCGAGAAAGAUAUAUGUAUGAAUAUGGAAGAUUUCUACAGGCUGAACCCAGGUGUGAUAUCAGGCUCAGAGAUUGAUGUUAAUGUUGUUCAUCAAGUUGAAAAUAUGGCUACAAGUACAAGGAAUACCAGUUGUGGGUUCCAUGGUCAUCCUCAUCCUCAGGGUCAUGUAGUGGAUGAUAACAUGCUCUUGUUUCAAACGGAGGGCAUGGAAUCAGAUCAUCAUAUGUCUGAUCUGAUCAAAACCCAGAUAGCCAAUCACCCUCGUUUCCCUGAUUUAGUUGAUGCAUACCUCGAAUGUCAAAAGGUUGGAGCACCACCGGAGAUGAAAAGUCUUCUUGAAGAAAUUGGACGGGUGAGCCAUCCCAUGAGCACUUGCAGUGAGAUAGGAGCUGAUCCAGAACUUGACGAGUUCAUGGAAUCAUACUGUGAGGUUCUUCGUGGAUACAAGGAGGAGCUAUCCAAACCGUUCGAUGAAGCAACCAACUUCUUGACCAACAUUCAGUCGCAACUUAGAAACCUCUGCAAAGGCACAUUCCCAAAAACCAGCUGGGACUGUAAUUCUGAUGAAGGGGUUGGAAGUUCAGAGGAGGAAUUUAGCUGUGGGGAGGUAGAAGCAGCAGAGAGUCAAGAAACAGCUGCUGCUCGUGCGGGUGGUGAUCGGGAGCUGAAAGAUAUGCUGUUGCAUAAGUACAGUGGCUAUCUUACCAAUUUGAGGAAGGAGUUCUUGAAGAAACGAAAGAAAGGGAAGCUACCAAAGGAUGCCAGGACUGCCCUAUUGGAUUGGUGGACUACUCACUAUAGGUGGCCAUAUCCUACGGAAGAGGAGAAAUUGCACCUGUCUGAGGUAACUGGACUAGACCAAAAGCAGAUCAACAAUUGGUUCAUAAACCAGAGGAAGCGACAUUGGAAGCCAUCUGAGGACAUGAGGUUUGCUCUUAUGGAGGGUGUUGGUGGCAGCGUCGGAGCUCCCAUGUUAUUCGACGCUGGGGUCGGGACCGGAAAUAUUGAUGAUAUGUGAAUGCUAUGUCAGAGAUUAAUUGGUUGAUGCUACUGAUUUGACCACUAGUUUUAGCCACUUUAAUCCAUGCUUGUUAAUUUGUACUGAACCUUGCACGUAAUGCUAGCUUGUAGUGUACAUUCUGCCUUUCUAA